UAGGCGGCUCGUGAGGUUUUGAAACACAGCCAGUGAAGCACAGCUGCUACAGCGGCAUUCAUCUGACUCGCAGAGCUCCGGGCGAACCAUCUGACAUCGCAGGGUUAUUCGCUUUGAAAGACAGCAAUCAGCCAUUUUAGCCCUGGGCGUAUAUCCAUGCCAAAAGAACAAAGCUUCCAUGAGGCACAAAGGCAAAAGACCUAGAGUUUUAGACAAUAAUAAAAACCUGCUCUUUUAUUUACGCGAGUUGCCUGUUUUCGCGCUGAAUUCUAGCAUGUGCCACAUGUGACGAUUAUAGGAAUGUUGAGCAUGGGAUCACAACAGCCAUUCACCUACAGCUUGGAAUCAUCUUGGGAGAUGACAGAUGGAUGCAUAGGGAGGAUCGAAGUCUGCAAAGCAACGUCGUAAACUCACCAUGGACCAGGGCUUCAGUUUCAGCACACUGAAGAAGUUAGCAGCCGAGCCGGAUCACACCGACGUCAGUCUGCCGGCAGUGGAACGUGUACGGGCCCUCAGCAAAAUGGGCUAUAACAUAGAAAUAAACGAAGACAUCGCCCCGAGACGCUACUUCCGCUCUGGUGUGGAGAUGGAACGUAUGGCAGCUGUUUAUCUAGAGGAGGGCAGUCUGGAGAAUGCCUUUGUCCUCUACAAUAAGUUCAUCACUUUAUUUGUUGAGAAACUCCCCAGUCACAGGGAUUAUCAGCAGUGCAACGUCCCUGAGAAGCAAGUGAUAAUGAAGAAAUUACAGGAGGUUGCUUUUCCACGAAAGGACCAAUUGAAGAGACUUCUCCAUGAGAAAUACAGCAAAGAACACAGUGAAUAUCUGAAGAGUCAGUCUCAAGCCAUGGCUGUUGACAUGUGUGGUGAACGGCUGCAGAAGAUGUCUUUGUUGGAGGAAGAACGGCAACGUGUGGCACAGCUCAGGAAGAUGCAAAUCGAGUCCGAACAGUUUCGCUACUUCGAGGACCAACUGCGUAGACAGGAGCUGGCCAGUCGCAGGGAUGAGGCUGUCCCCAAAGUGCCUGAACAAACUGAUGGGUCCUGCUUAUCCCAGACCCCGAGAAACCAUGUACGCCUUGACCCCAAUCGUAACAAACCAGCGACCCCCAUCCCCAAACCGGCAGCCACUUUAGCAGCUGUACAGAAUCAGCGUGUGGAAGGCCUGAGGCGGGUUUUAAUCCCACGAGACCUGACUUACAGGUUCCUUUUGCUGGCUGACAGUAACACGGCGAGAGGAAUUGAGACAUGUGGCGUUCUCUGUGGAAAACUGACGCACAAUGAGUUUGUGCUGACCCAUGUGAUCGUCCCCAAGCAGUCCGCCGGUCCUGACUACUGUGACAUGGAGAAUGUGGAAGAGCUGUUCAGUUACCAGGACCAUCAUAACCUCCUGACCUUGGGCUGGAUCCAUACACACCCGACACAGACGGCCUUCCUCUCCAGCGUGGAUCUACACACACACAGCUCAUAUCAGCUCAUGCUACCUGAGGCCAUCGCUAUUGUUUGCGCACCUAAACAUAAUGAAUCAUUGAGAUAUCUCAUUUUGCUGCUACAGCACGGGAGUGUUCCGACUCACCAGCGCUGGAAUGGGAGAAGUGGCUGGAUGCAGAUUGAAAGGUUUUCACCCCCACUCUAAAGACCCCCCUCUGUUCACUAUUUGCAAGCACAUUGUGGUGAAGGACUCGAAAACGACAGUUCUGGACCUCAGGUGACAGAGGAAGAGGGGAAAUACUUCAGUAUCAGCAAACCAUUGAGAAUAUCUAUUUAUAUCUUUCUUUACUUGAAGGCUUUUUUGUAUUUAUUUAUUUUACAAAAAGGUACUGUGAAACUGAAUCCCUCAGCUGCACAGUUUGCUGUGAGCAGGUUUACUGAAGCUACUGAGAUGUUCCAAUGGUGUUUUGUGUUUUUUAGAUCAUCAUGCGCUUUUUGUUUGUGGCCAGGUGUUUUUCAAAAAUGUUGUGGUCAGAUUGUACUGUCUAGUAUGAUCUGAACUGCUGUUUGGUUCUUUGUCCUCAAGGUGGCGUCAUUUAUCAAGGCAUACCAUGAGGCUGCUAUAAUGUGAAUUGUUUUCAGGAAUUUUUAAAAGGAAGUUGUGCAUGUGUGUGAUUUGCAUUGAUAUCCAUUGAUAUCACUUGCAGUUCUCACUGUAACACAAUCUACAUAGAAUAAGUGAUAUUUCUUUUUAAAACUAACUGAAUUUUCUAGUACAAAAAUAUAAUGAAUUGCUAUGAGAGUCAUUUCUAGGCCUUACUAUGUAUUGUAUCAUUUUUAGUGAUUGAAUAGUUAAUAAUUAUGCUUUGUAAGGCAGUAAAUCUACCUUAAAAUAAUGCAACACAUACUCCACUUCAGGCUUUCAGUUCAGAGACAAUUUCAGGAAAACCGAAAAAAGUCUUUCAACUUAAGCCCAGUGACGCAAUAUGAAGUUGGCCAGUGGGCUGACAGUUUUAUUUUCCAAGUUCAGCGUUGUUUCCAGUAUGGGUCAGAUUACAAGGGAAAGGAUUUUUGAAAAGCAUAAACAAGAUUGGGAUCUCUUAGCCCACACCAAAGCUCCCAUUACAGAAUAAGCAAAGAUUCCUAAGGGCCUUGACUGCACUAAUCUCAGGGUACCAUUCCCUCAUUUUAACAACCUGAUUUUUGUCUCCACUACUUUUAUGGAAAUUUUUUAUCAGCAGAAGAUGAAACUUCAUGUAUGAUGACAAAUUAUGAACUUAUCCAUGCAGUUCAGAGAGUAUAUCAUGUAUUUGUGGUACAGUGUGGCAUUGGAUUGUUUCUCCAGUGUGUGGCUGUGUGCCAGUGGCUUUGUGCACAGGGCAGUACAAGGAGGCUUAUGUGUCUGUACAUGCACCAUUUCUUUCCGCAGCUCAUUUGUUAAUAAAAGGAAAAAAAGA